UCAACAGUGACUGCGGGGAACUCCCCCCCGCCAUCCUCACUGUCUUCUGUCUUCUGUCUUCACUGCGUGUCACUGCAUCUUCCCCUCCUGUCAUUCUGUCAUCCCACUCUUCGAGUUUCUAUCCACAUACAUUCCAUCCUUUGUACACGUCCGUCAAGAUUGAGAUACAACCAUGGCUGUCACCACUGCUAUCAAGUCUGCCCUGCAGACGACAUCGACCGCAUACGGUUUCUGGCUCACUCUCCCCGGCUCCGGCGUCGCAAAGACAAUCCUCCGCUCUACAGCGCAACACGCAAACCGAUUCAGCUGGGUCCUGGUCGAUGCCGAGCACGGUCUGAUUACCGAUCGGGAUUACUAUGAAUUAACGAAUGCUGUCGCUUCCGAAGGCGCAAGCCCGCUUGUCCGUGUUCCUUGGGGUGAAGAGUGGUUGAUCAAGCGUGCCCUUGAUGCUGGCGCGCAUGGAAUUGUGACUCCUAUGUGUCACUCCGAGGAGGACGCUGCCAAGAUCGUGCAGUACUGCAAGUACCCCCCAACAGGAUCGCGAGGGUACGGGCCGAUGUUCGCGCUGCAUUCAUUCCCGGAUGUCUCCGGUCCGCAAUACGAUGCGGCGGCGGAUGACCAGACCGCUGUCUUUGUGCAGAUCGAGUCGAAGUCUGGCUUGGAGAGCGUUGAGAAGAUUGCUGCGGUGCCGGGGUUGGAUGGUGUGCUGAUUGGUCCCUUCGAUCUCGCAAAGCAAAUAGGUGUCCAGCGCAGUGGACCAGAGCACGAGGCUGCUAUCCAGCGGAUCCUGAAAGCGGCCAAGUCUGCUGGCAAGAAGGCGGCGAUUUUCUGUACCGAUGGCACAGACGCGCAGAACCGCGCUCAACAGGGCUUCGAUAUGGUUUCGAUUAUCACGGACGUGGGUGUCUUGGGUGGCGGUAUGCUGCGCGAGCUUGGAGUAGCGAGUGGCCAGGUUGAGGGAGGGAAACCUCGAGAUGGAUACUAAUCGCGUAUUGCGAGAAUUAGCAUAACUGUAUAAAUGAUACCAAGCUAUUCAACACCGCGCUUUUACUGCAUAAGCCGACCUCAAUCUCAAACAAAUGAGGGAGGUUAAUCGUUUC